CGCGCGGCGCAGGCCGGGCGCCAGCGCUGCGAACCGGGUCCCGGGGCGGCGGGGGGCGGGCGGGGGCCGGGCCGGGCCGGGGGAGGCGAUCGCCGAGCCGCAUCGUGCGGAGGGGCGGGAGCAGCCGGGCUGGCCCCGCGCCAUGCAGAGGAGGAGCAGCAAAUCCCCGGAGCACGUUAAAAAGCGAGGCUGAGCGGCAGCAGGGGAAGGAAGAAAACACCUCCAUAGAAGGCAGCGGAGCAGCGGCCACAGCAGCGCCCGCAACGCCGCGGCUGCCGGCCCCAAACUUUCCGGCGGCGGCUCGGGCGGGCCCGGCGGUGGAUGCGGGUUUCUCGGCCGGGUCGCUGAGCCUGCAGCCCCGCCGCACGAUGCCCGCCGCGCUGCCCAGCCUGCUGGCCUGGCUGUUCGUGCUGCUGCUCGGCAGGGCCCGCCCGGCCGACGCCUGCAGCUGCUCGCCCAUCCACCCGCAACAGGCCUUCUGCAACGCGGACGUAGUGAUCCGAGCAAAGGCCAUGUCUGCCAAAGAGGUGGAUUCGGGGAAUGACAUAUAUGGGAAUCCGAUCAAACGAAUCCAGUAUGAAAUCAAGCAGAUCAAGAUGUUCAAGGGCCCUGACAAGGACAUAGAGUUCAUCUACACGGCUCCAUCCACCGCCGUGUGCGGCCGGCUGCUGGACACCGGCGGGAAGAAGGAAUAUCUCAUUGCAGGCAAGUCAGAGGGCAAUGGCAAGAUGCACAUCACGCUCUGCGACUUGGUCUCCACUUGGGACUCACUGAGCCCGACCCAGAAGAAGAGCCUAAACCAGCGGUACCAGAUGGGCUGCGAGUGCAAGAUCUCGCGCUGUCUCUCCAUCCCCUGCUUCGUCUCCUCCUCGGAUGAGUGUCUCUGGACAGACUGGGCGAUGGAGAAGAACAACGUGGAUGGGCGGCAGGCGAAGCACUACGCUUGCAUCAAGAGGAGCGAUGGCUCGUGCGCCUGGUACCGCGGCAUGGCCCCCCCCAAGCAAGAGUUUCUCGACAUUGAGGACCCCUAAAGCCAAAUGAGCGCAUUCCAGUAGCCAGUAGAAAAAACCUGCGAGAUGUUAGACUGGUCCACGCUGAUAUCAGUCCCUGGAGACAGCAUGAAAACCCGCUCGGCCACGGGGAUCCCGGGGCUGCGGCGGCUGCCAUGGGCGUGCGGGGGGGCAGGGACAGGGACCUGCUCUGUGGCAGGGCUGAGCAGGGCAGCCCCCACUGAGGGGGGACCCCACAGUGGGGGCUGCAUCCCACCAGGCCACACUCAGCCCUGGCACCCCAGCAGCUGUGAAGGAUCCGAACCCUCGGGAGUGGCGGGAGUUGCCCCGUCUGUGUAGCAGGUCUACCAGUGCCCCCGCACCGGGGGAGCCGCACCAGCAGCUCUUGCCAGGCAGGCCCCCUACCGCAGUGUCCCAGGCCACCCCCCAGCAGCGGAGACCCCCUGUCCCCCUCCCCAAAACCUGCCCAUCCUUCCCUUUGGGAUGCAGGAAGGGUCCAGCCCUCCAGGCAGAGUCCCGAGCUGCGUAUGAGGGGCUAUAGGCCUUUCAUGGGGCCGGCUGGCUCCUGUGGAAAUGCCUGGAGGGGCACCUGAGCAUGGUUGGAGGGCCCCCCUCUUCUCUUCACACACCCUGGACCCGCUGCCCUUCUCUCCACAUGCUCCUCUCCCCCGGGGACACGGAGGUGAGUGCAGGGUUCACCACUUCCCCCAGGAUCGCGUGGGACCAUUCCCACCGCAGCCUCCUGCACGGGGGCAGAGCUGCUGCGGCCCCUUCUGCAGCUGCUGCCAUUGCACAGGCUCAGCCCCAGCAGCUUUGUGGGCAGGAGGGCUCAGCAGGGCGCAGGGGCAGGAGCUCCGGCUGCAGAGUCUUUCCCAUCUCCUCGUGCAGUGUUGGCUGAGCUGUGCCGUUGUCUGCGGCAGCGCCUUGGCCGGUCGAGCUCCCUCAUCCACAGUGGUGGGGAUGGAGCCUUGUACCCGGGUGGGCGUAGGCUGCAAGCAGCCGCAGGAAUCCCCGUCCUCCCUUGGUGAACCCCCCGUCGCACCUCAGGCCCCACUUUCUCUGAGCCAUUCCCACGUUGCAGCGACACUGACGUGUGCCGCGGGGCUGCCCGUCUGCGACGGCUCCAGCCGUGGCGCCCGCCGCAGCUCCGGGAGGUGUUUUCAUGCUGAGCAUCCCUGUCAGGUCUAAGAUGUCGUACUGGACCAGUCUGGGCAAUUUCAACGUAUUAAAGAGAAACAUUAAAAAGAAAAGAAAACCCCCAACUCCACGGCCCCGCGUCCCGCCCGCGCUGUAUGGUUGUAUCACACGUGCCAUUGCUCCUGUCGCUGCUGGUAGUCUGUCCGAGUCUAAUAUCGCCACUUGUUCUGCCGCCGG